UGCUCGUACAUGUACAGGUAUGUGGAAAAUACCUGUAAUACUGAUGUUAUGGUACAGAAAGUGAAACUAACUUGAAGGACACUGAUAAUGAUAAAUGAAGCUACGGCACUCCUUACACCACAAAAUUCUUCAGUCAUUGUAAUACUGAGUUGAACACAGCAGAUAUUAAUUCACAGUGAUGUCAUCCUCCAGUGGUCCAAUGACUGAGAGGCUUCUGUGUUGCAUCUGUCUGGAUGUGUUGAAUGAUCCAGUCACCACUCCAUGUGGACACAACUUCUGCAAGAUCUGCCUGAAUACUUGUUGGGACAUCGGUCAAUACUGCAGAUGCCCAUACUGUGAACAAAUAUUCAACCAGAGACCCGAACUCAAGAUUAAUACAACACUCAGAGAUCUUGUGGAUCACUUAAAGAAAAACACUCAAGAGAAAGAACCUGAAGUCCUCUGUGACAUCUGUGAUGAAGUAAAACUGAAGUCUGUGAAGUCCUGUCUGGUGUGUCAGAGCUCUUACUGUGAAACUCAUCUGGAGCCUCAUACGAGAGUGACAGGUUUACAGAAACACAAACUGAUUGAUCCUGUAAAUAAUCUGCAGGAUUAUAUAUGUCAGAAACAUGAGAGACCUCUGCAGCUCUUCUGUAGAGAUGAUCAGACACGCAUCUGUCUGUUCUGCACUGAUGGAGAUCACAAGAAUCACAACACUGUUCCUUUAAGAGAGGGUAAAUAUCUGAAAGACCCGCGAUGGCAGCAUAAGUUUUCAUCUGCUCUCCAUACAGUCUCACUGCUGGUUAAAAGAUUAGAUCCUCGUAUGUGGUUUUUCAUUGUUCCAGUUGGAAUCUCCUUGCUGAUGUUCUUCUCAUUUUCAUUUUCUAAUGCUGAGACUGACAACAACAUUGAGAAACUCAGUGAAAGUGUGUUGAAGUGGAUGCAGCAGUAUGAAGUGGAUGUGACUCUGGAUCCUGAUACAGCAAAUUCAAUUCUCACCCUGUCUGAUGACAACAAACAAGUGGGAAUUGAAAAAUUUUACUACAAACUCCCAGACAACCCAAUGAGAUUUAACCAUUGUUUAAAUGUCCUGGGAAAACAGGGAUUAUUAUCAGGGAGGAUUUAUUAUGAGGUUCAGGUGAAGGGAAAGACUGAAUGGAGUUUAGGGGUGGCACAAGAAUCUGUUAAUAGGAAGGGCCAGAUCAUCUUGACACCACAGAAUGGAUUCUGGACUGUGGUUAUGAGGAAUGGAAAUGACUAUAGAGGUGCCGCUGGUCCUGAUGUGUUUCUGCUUUUGAAAGUGAAACCACAGAAGGUGGGUGUGUUUGUGAAUUAUGAGAUGGGUUUGGUCUCCUUUUAUGAUGUGGAGUCCAAAUCUCAUAUCUUCUCUUAUACUGGUCAGUCUUUCGCUGGUAAACUCUACCCAUUUUUUAGCCCAGAAACUAACCAUGAUGGCAGUAACUCUGCCCCACUUAUCAUCACACCGGUCACUAAAUGAAUCUGCAAAUAUUUUAAACUUUACAAAUCACAUUUACUCUUUCAGUAAGAAACUUUAUCCAUGUAUUACUUCAUACCUCACUGAUUAGGUAGAUGAACAUAAUCAUUGUUUAAUCAUCAUUUCUAAUCUGAUUUUAGUUUCUGAAAAUGUGAAGACACAUGCCAUUACAUUAAUCUAAAAGAGAAAAUGUUUUAACUUAAUUCUAAUUUAACACGUUAAACACCAUUAUAAUCACCAUAAUUGACUCUAUGCACUACUUAAUAUUCAUUUCAGUACUGUCCUGUAGUCUAAUUUAUUACAUGCAUAUCCAUUUGUACAUUUGGUAUAUCUUGUUCAUACUGUAGUACACACCCACCUGUAAAUUAUUUUCAUAGUAUCACCUAAUCCUGCACCUAUGCAAAUACCGUAUCUCCUGCACUUAAUGCUUUUGCACUUCAGGUUAGACCUAAACUGCAUUUCAUUGCCUUGUUCUUGUGUAAUGACAAUAAAGUUUAAUCUAAUCUAAUAACUUCCUAAAUUAUUUUUUUAAAUAAUUAGUGAUCAAUAAUCUGUUCAAGUAAAAAUAUGUUUUCUUGUACCCUUGUAAGGGGUGUGUCAAAGUUUUUUUUUCUUAACUUUUGGACCGAUAGGCUUAACUUGUAAAAAAUGUAAAAAAAAAAU